UCGUUUUCUGUUAGUUGGUUCUGAAUACUCUAAUACUUUCAUUCUCUUAAAUGGUUUUACACUGUCCUUUUAUGUUUGAUGCUAUAGUAUAUUAAGGUAUACUCAAAUAUUUCAAGGAAAGAGACACUAUGGUAGUUACUGUUAUAUCAGAUUAUCUUGUGGUGAAACACUGCGUUGCUUAAAUUUUUCUGUUCUGACCUGUGUUGUUAUGCUCUCUUUUAUCUUAAUCUUUUUUUAAAUAAAAGAAAUUACGUGAAACAUCUGGAAUACACAAAUCUAUAGAGUAGACCAAUGGUUGCCCAGGGCAGGGGCAUAUGGAGGAGCUGCAAUACUAACAGAUGUAGUGUCUCAUUUUAAAAUAUGAAUUAUGCUGAAUUAAUUGCAAUAAUGGUUACACAACUGUGUAAAUAAUACCCUGAAGUUAUUAAGUUGUCUAUUUUGUGGGGCGGGGGGAGUGGGGGUUACUGGAGAUUAAUAACGUUUUGUAUUGACUGCAUAUUGAUUAAUAUUCUUGAUUUAUUAGAUUGUUUAUUUUUAAAAGAAGCCGUAGUCUCUGGGAAUUAGUUUCCUUUAGGAGCUAUGGCUGUGUUGAUCCAUGUGGGUGCAUAAUCACAGGUAUGCGUUUGUUCAACAACAUUUGGAAAGAAAAUAGACCAGUGGGCAACUCAGGGCAGGGGAGACCAGCUUGAGGGCAAACCACUGCCUGGCAGGCUCCUUCUGCGGCCUGGGGCGGGGAGGGGGACCUCCAGCUCCGGCCUCCCAGCCUCAGUGCCUCGGAAGGCAGGGGCUUCCUGCCCAAACUGCCCUUCUCUCCAGUCAAGGGCUUAAGGGAAGGGAUGUGCACCAGCGUGUGGCGAAUUCACUCUUUUAGCUUCAAAAAUAUAUUUAUAUUUACAUUUUGCCCAUUAAGCAAAUGCUGAGGUAGGGGAAGAGAGAAAGAGAACAUUAUCGAUCAAAAACAACCCCAAAGUUCUUACUUUAGGGAAGUGAAGUGUAUUCAAAGUGUGAUAAAAUGCUGAGCGCGGGAGAGAAUUGUGGAGGGAGAGAAGGGGGAGUUUUGUCAUCUUCACAUCGGUGUCAUGACUAGACAGUGUGAGCUUAGGCUGAGGACUAGUUCAGAGCCAGGCAGCUAACAUUCCUUUAGCAGUAUUGGCUCAGUUUUUGUUUUGCUAUUUUUGUUGUUGUUUAAAAAGACAAGAGCACAGUCAUGAGAAUGAUUUCAUCGAGCUCAGAAACUUAAAGAUAAGAUUCCAUUUCCGUACAGAUCUAUCAAUUAGCUCACAGAUCUCACUCUUUGAAUAGGAGAAAAUAAAUUUACCCUUACUACGGAGUGUAAUUCCAGCGAGGGUCAGCAGAUGGCAGAGAGGAGCUAUUUUUUGCAUGACUAAAACUGGUUGCCAGUGAAAUACAUGUUCAAGGAAGUGCUUGAAUUUCUUACAGAUUGACAAACACAAGGCACAGGCAGGAUGUCUUGGAUCUGCUUAUAUGUCCAGAUGAUCUGAAGAGUAGCAACUACCCCAGGAAGGUCUCAUACCAGAAAAUGGCUCAAAUUAAGUCAAGAACCUUCCAUUUUGUCAUCAUCUUCCUGUUAAUUUAUGAAGUCAAAACCCAAAUAUCUGAUGAAAGUGAAUUUUUAGUUGACAGGUCAAAAACAGGUCUCACCCAUGUUCCCAAGGAUCUAUCCCUGAAAACAACAACCUUAGAUAUAUCACAAAAUAACAUAUCUGAGAUUCAGUCUUCUGACGUUCUAUCACUGUCAAAGCUAAGGGUUUUGAUACUUUCUCACAACAGAAUCCAGUAUCUUGAUAUCAGUGUUUUCAAAUUCAACCAGGAAUUGGAACACUUGGACUUGUCUCAUAAUCAAUUGAGGACAAUUUCAUGCCACCCUAUCAGGAACUUCAAGCACUUAGACUUCUCCUUUAAUGCGUUUGAUGCCCUGCCCAUAUGCAAAGAGUUUGGCAAUCUGUCUCAACUAAAAUUUCUAGGACUCAGUGCAACACAGUUACAAAAAUCUAGUGUGCAGCCAAUUGCUCAUUUAAACAUCAGUCAAGUUUUGUUGGUUUUAGGAGACUCUUACGGGGCAAAAGUAGAGCCUGAUAGUCUUCAAGACCUUAAUACAAGGAGUCUGCAUGUUGUUUUCCCCACAAAAAAGGAAUUCCACUUCAUUCUGAAUGUUUCAGUCAGCACUGCAGUGAAUUUGGAGCUGUCUAAUAUCAAAUGUGUGCUACAUGACAAUGAGUGUUAUUUCCUAGAUGUUUUGUUAGAACUGCAAAAGAAACCAAGGCUAUCAAGUCUUACCUUAAAUAACAUUGAAACAACUUGGAGUACUUUGCUUAGUAUCAUUCAGAUUGCUUGGCAUUCAAACAUGGACAGUUUCUCCAUUUCAAAUGUGAGACUACAAGGUCAAUUUGGCUUCGGGGAUUUUGGUGAUUCUGAUACUUCUCUGAAGGCCUUGUCUAUACAGCAAGUUAUCAGUGAUGUGUUCAGUAUUUCACAAAGUAUAAUCUACAGGACCUUUUCCAAUAUGAAAAUCCAGAAUCUCACUGUGUCUGGUACACGUAUGCUCCACAUGGUUUGUCCGUCCCAAGUUAGCCCAUUUUUAUAUUUGGAUUUUUCCAAUAAUCUCUUAACAGACACAGUUUUUAACAACUGUAAAACCUUAACUGCAUUAAAAACACUUAGUUUAAAAAUGAAUCAAUUAAAACAACUUGCAAAUAUAAUUCUAAUGACCAAGGAAAUGAAGUCUCUACAACAACUGGAUAUCAGCCAGAAUUCUCUAAGGUAUGAUGAAUAUGAAAAUACUUGCUCUUGGGCUGAAAGUUUAUUAAGUUUAAAUAUGUCUUCAAAUACACUUACUGAUUCUGUAUUCAGAUGCUUACCUCCCAAAGUCAAGGUACUUGAUCUUCACAACAAUAGAAUAACGAACAUCCCUAAGGAUGUCACCUCUCUGGAGUCUUUGCAAGAACUCAAUGUUGCUUUCAAUUCUUUAGCCGACCUUCCCGGAUGUGGCACCUUCCGCAGCCUUUCUGCACUGAUCAUUGACCAUAAUUCUAUUUCCCAUCCAACAACUGAUUUCUUCCAAAGCUGCCAGGAGAUGAGGUCAGUGAAAGCAGGCAACAACCCAUUCCAGUGCACAUGUGAGUUAAGAGAAUUCAUCAAAAAUAUGGACCAAGUGUCAAGAGAAGUGGUAUGGGACUGGCCUGAUUCUUACAAGUGUCACUAUCCAGAAAGUCAUAAGGGAAUCCUGCUGAAGGACUUCCACGUGUCUCCACUAUCCUGCAACACAACUCUGCUUAUCGUUACCAUUGUGACCACUGUGCUGGUGUUGGCUGCUAGUGUGACCUUCCUGUGCUGGUAUUUCGAUCUGCCCUGGUAUGUCAGGAUGAUAUGUCAGUGGACCCACACGCGGCGCAGGGCCAGGAACGUCCCCUUAGAGGAGCUCCAGAGAAAUCUUCAGUUUCAUGCUUUUAUUUCAUACAGUGGACACGAUUCUGCCUGGGUGAAGAAUGAAUUACUACCAAACCUUGAAAAAGAAAAUUUACAGAUCUGCCUCCACGAGAGGAAUUUUGUUCCUGGCAAAAGCAUUGUGGAAAAUAUCAUCACUUGCAUUGAGAAGAGUUACAAGUCCAUCUUUGUUCUGUCUCCUAACUUUAUCCAGAGCGAGUGGUGCCAUUACGAACUCUACUUUGCCCAUCAUAAUCUUUUCCAUGCAGCUUUUGAUAACUUAAUUCUGGUUUUACUGGAACCCAUUCCACAGUACUCCAUUCCUCACAGCUACCACAAGCUCAAAAGUCUCAUGGAGCAGAGGACAUAUUUGAAAUGGCCCACAGAGAAGAGCAAACAUGCACUUUUUUGGGCAAACCUAAGAGCAGCCAUUAAUGUUAAUCUGAGGAAUGAGGUAAAAGAAACAAAUGACACAUCGAGCUAAAAUAUUCAGGGGCCAGGGAUUUAGCUCAGCAGUAUAAGCGGCUGCCUGGCAAGCAUGAGGUUGUGAGUUCGAUUCCCCAGUACAAAAAAAAAAAAUCAUAUUGUGAGUGGUUUAGUUGGUAAGUUCAACUGUUAGACCCAUGGAUCACCAAUUAUAUGUUGUAGUAAAAAAUUAAUGAAAUAAGAUGAUUUUGAUUUAAGCAGUUAACUCCAAACACAUGAGGGAUUCGUCUGUUUCUUUGCUCUAACAAAAUUUAUUGAAUUUAUCAGGAAAUUAAAAGAAACACUGGUCUCUCUAGUUGAUGUGUAUUUCUAUGUGCUGGGUCAAUAUUUUAAAAAUCCACAGGUUUGGUAGUAUAUGCCUGUACUCAGCACUCAGGAGGUUGAGGCAGGAAAAUCGCCAUGAGUUCAAGGCCAGCCUGCACUACACAGUGAUACCAUGCCCCACAAUCCAUGACUUGCACACUUUAUAUUUUAUUUAUUUUUUAUUUUUCUUUGGUGCUGGUGAUUGAACUCACUACCUUGUGCUUGCCACACAGGUGCUGUGCCGCUGAGCUAUAUCCCUGGGUGCAAUUUACAUAUGUUAGCUAGUUUCUGUAAAUGUCUGUAUUUGUCAAUGCCAUCUGCGUCCACUUCAGCAUGUGCAUCUACGUGUUGAAGGUGGCUUAUUGCUAAUGCUUAAGACUCUCUUCCUGAAGGAUCUUUGUCCCAGCUAUGAGCCACAAAAGAGCAAUUCACUACUGCUGGAGAGUUCUUAGCGGUAGCCAUCAACCAAUGAUAGAAAGAGAACUGAUGGAUUAUUGUUCUAACUUUUUAAUCCAUUUUUUGAGAUAAAUCUGUAGUAUAUGUUGUACUCUCCCUGAGCUCCCUACUAGAAUAAAAUUCUGGUUAUUCCCAGUAGAAAGAACUUGAUGAAGUAUUUUCUAAUGGCAUCCUAUUUUUUUCUCAUGCACUCAUUACUUUAUGGGUGUUUUCUGUGAUCACAUAGAAAAUAAACUACAUGUGAUCAAAACCUUGUGUCAGGUGUGUUCCUGGGGAAAACAUAAACCAAAAUGUUUCAGUUCAGUUCAAAUAGAAAUCCUGAGCCCAUUUUUGUGGCUAGAGAACUUCAUGUGAUUCUGGUUGUGUAAACUAAGAUGCACAGAAAUCUUUUUCUUUUGACUCAAAGAAAGAACUGAGCCUUUAUCUUUUGAUCUAAAGGAAGAAGAACUGAGAUGUAGUGCUUCUGAAGAGAGUUUCCCUCUCUUUUGGAAAUGUAUGAGCAAAUUGGUGCAAUGGGAAGAUUAGGCUAUAUCAUAUAUUUUCUGUAUUUGUCAAAUAUCCUCUCAUCUAGCUUCUUACUUUGGCCCAAAUAUGGGCAAGUGUAGACUGACAGAAUCGUGUCAGAAUUGCACAUUGUCUGUCUCACUUUAUGCCACAUGGCUUCACUAAUACCACUGCAAAAGGUCCUGGAGGUUUGUUCACCCAUCCUGACAUGUGCACAGACCUGGAAGUGCACGGGAACCUCUGAAGUGAUCCUCUAUCACCAAUGGUGAGAGCCACUAGAUAAGUACUCCUUUCUUUUAUUCUUGGUGGAAGAAAGAAGGAGAGAGAGAGAGAGAGAGAGAGAGAGAGAGAGAGAGAGAGAGAGAGAGAGAGAAAGCAAGAAAGCCAGUUUCUCUAGUUUCUUUAUUAGUACCUAUAAGCACUGAGCUUUUCUCCCUACUGGGGUGAGCAGCUCAGAACUCAAUUUGAGUCCCUUUUCCUUCUUCCUUAUUUCAUCCUUCUCCUUCUUCAUCCCUUCCCCUGGGAGCUCUGACAUUACUUCCCCAAACAAGAAACCUGCACACAAAACUUGGUCUCAAUCUCACAUUUGGGGGUGGAGUGUUUGGAAGGAGAUCUAAAUAACAUAUGAAUCUACUAUUAAUUUCUUGCCCUAGGGUAGAUCAAAGGGUCCUAUAUAUUAAUAAAUAAAUUAAUAAAAAUGAAUGAAACAAGAAUAUAGAAUGGUAGUCCAGAGGUCUUUUAGUUUGGGUGAAAAUUUUUCUUAGAAAUGGUUGUUAUGGUCUGAAUUUUAAAUGUCCUGCUAGACUACACAGUACAGGUUUUGUGCCAGCCUAUGGGAUUUGGGGAAAUGAUGGAAUCAUGGAGAUUUAUAUUUGCCAAAUGGAUUAAUCCAUUAAUGAGAUCAUAAUUUGACUGCAUUAUUAAGAGGUGGUGAAAAGUGGAGGCUCGGUCUAGUUGAGGAGUAUGGAUGAUUUUGGGACUGUGUCUGAUCCCCAGCCCUUCUCUAU